AUGCACCGGCCGCGCCCGCGCCACUGUGCUCACCUCGCCGCGGACCUCGCGCCGCCGUUGCUACGCCCGGCCACCGCGCCCCCGCUCAGGCCUGCUCCGCAACGCCCAACACGCCGCCCCCCCUGUCGCGCCCGCCGUCGACCCUGGCCCCUGCACCGCGCUCCUCCCCUCUCUCGCUGCGGCUAUCCCCGUCGCCGCUGCUGCGGCUGGCCGCCGCGCUCAACGGCGCCCCACGCUGCGCGGCCCCGCUCCGCUGCUCUGCUCCUUUGCCGAGCCCGCUGCUCUGCCUCCGUCGCCACGGCCCUGCUCCACCUGCUCGCGCCGCCCGGCUCCCCGCCGCCGUGCUGGCCAUCCUUCGCCCGCCCCGCUCUCCGACAUCUGGCCGCGUCGGCUGCGCCCACCGCGGCCUCGCGCGGCCCCGCUCCCGCGCCCUUGCGCCCUGCUAGUCCUGCCCCGGCCCUCCUCGCCCCGGCGAUCUGGGCGAACGCCCAGUCGGGCGCCGCAACGCCCGACCCGCCCCGUUAG